UGGAGCAUCAGGACACUACAGGCACCUCACACACAGACUCAGACUCAGCCUCAGCCACGCACCUGCCUGCCUGCCUGCCUGCCCGCCGCCAGGACAAGCCUCCACGUCAGCCGUCCAAACUCUUACACACAGGUUCCACCCAGCCAUGAAGACGCCUCUGUGGAUCCUGGUGUUCCUCGGUCUGUUUGCGCCUGGAUACAGCGACUGUCAGGGGGACUGCCUCUCCUGCCUUGAACUCCUGCCCAAAGACCAAGCCUUCAACACACUGGUGUGUCUCGUAGAGUGCCAUGGUAACGUCUCUCCAGGCCUCAACUGGGAGAUGUGCCGCAAGGUUGUGGAGAAGCCACAGGUACCCUCCCAGUCCCUAGGGGGCGCCAUGCUGAAACGCUCCCAGGAGGAUGUGGCCAGUCUGCUGCCCCUGGAGCAGGAGGAUGGUGGACUGCCCUACUCUGGAGCCUUGCAGAGGUUUGACCAUGUGGCCCGGGCACUGGGUCUGGGUCAGCAGGGCGUCAGGAGCCGGACGACCCAGCUGGCGCCCGAGACCGUGGAGGGGAACCAGGAGGACGAGGACGAGGAGGAGGAGGAGGAGGCUGAGGAAGACAGGGACGAGGGCGACGGGGUCGCCAUCAACCUGACCAAACGCUUCGGCGGCUUCCUGAAGGGCAAGUAUGGCUACAAGAAGCUGAUGAACCCAGGGAGGUCCUACCAGAAACGUUAUGGUGGCUUCAUAGGCGUCCGUAAAUCUGCCCGAAAGUGGAACAACCAGAAACGUUUCUCUGAGUUUCUAAAGCAGUACCUGGGCAUGAGCACCCGAUCUAGCGAGUAUAAGAGUGUCUCAGCUGACCUCACCCAACAAAAUGAGGUCUAAGGCCUUUGUUGAUACCUGUCCAGUCACUGUACAAACAAACAAAUCCUUUCGUCCACUCCACACUGCAGUUCUUCAGUUCACACAGUGACCUUCUAAACUACGCAACAGAAAGGUCAUCCAUACACAUUUCCUCUUGCUUCUCACACUUAGUCAACCCAUCUCAACAUUUUUACAUGAGGACAAACCACAGCCUAUUCCUCGGCCUAAAAGUAGGUCAAAGUUAAAUCUGGCUAUUGUUGGUAAAAAAAGAAAAAUCUUGAUUUACUAGCUUGACUGUAUCCCGGGAGGCAAGAAGCAUCUCAGUUGGAAAACAUUUUAUGACUAAAUACUUAUUUUACAAGACGACACUCAGAGAAAUCCGAGAUAAACAACUCUGUAGAGAUAGAUCAGAUUAGUUUGAUAAAAGGAAUGAGGGAAAGUUUCUUUCUGUAAAAGUUAGGCCUAUUGCCCAGAGCGAUAUUCGAUAAUAAUCUGCUCAUACUGUCAACUACUAUCCAAUAGGCUCUGUCAAACACUGCCAUCUUGUGGCUAAAUUGAGAAAGACAACACUUGUCUGAAUGAUAACCUUGCAUAUCUAAUGAAGUCCUGUUGCUGGACUAAUGUGACUUUAAAAAUCCAAUGGACAUUGUAAUAUUUGGUUGAACUAUACAAAUAUUUUAAUUAAUUAUACAAGUCAUGAAAAAUCUGAGAACAUAUAGAGUUCAGGCACACAGGAAACAUUGCCAGGUCUUCUAUCUGCGAUGAUGAUGCAUUCGUUUCUCCUGAUGAGAUCUCUGUGGUUUAAUCCAAGGCUUCUGUCACUACAUAGAGAUCUAAUCAGCUGUGUUUGUGUAUAUGAAACAACCUGUACGUAUGUAAAGUGUUUAUUUUGAUAAUUUCUUUCUGUUGUGUGAAAUCAUUUGAUUGUUCAGAAUAACAACUUGUAAAUAGGAACAAAGUUGAACAUACCAAUAAAAUAGUUUACUAUUUCCUUU